UUACGUUUUACAGAGUCAGAUGAGAACUAUUGUCGCUGGCCCGACCCCGAUGAUUCAUCCGGACCCUGGUGUUAUUAUGAAGAUGAAUCUGGAAACAUAGAAAAAGAAUUUUGCCAUAUUGAGCCAUGUUCUGUUCAUGCUGGAUGUUUGACAGGAAACGGUUACACAUACCGCGAUAAAGCUUCAUAUACCCGAAGUGGACAUCGCUGCAUCUCGUGGAAUGAAGUACAUCGGUUUGGUGUGAACAUAACAUUUUCCGGUGACGAGCUUGAAGAGAACUUUUGCAGAAACCCAGAUAAUGCAUCAGCGCCCUGGUGUUACUACCAAUACGAUGGCUUGAUAAAGAGAGAUUUCUGUAGGAUUGAUACGUGUACAUCCACCGCCCUGUCUCGGUUCACACGCCAUCCAAACUCGUACAUAUCUAACCUUAACAAUGUGUUCAUACGGGAUCCAGAUAUGACAGAAGAAAUGUGUGCCGAAAAGUGCCUGGAAACUACUUCGUUUGUAUGUCGAUCGUUCGAGUACCGUUUCAUUAGGCCUUGGGAUGACAAGAAAUGUGUAUUAUCAAACGAAAGUCUCUUCACAACAGGAAUGCAGCACUCCCCUGCUCACUAUCCUACAAUUGAUCUUUUUACAAGGAAAGAAACGAUAUGCGAUGCUUAUGAGGACAAACGACGAUUAUAUCCAGAUGAGUGUCCACUACCACUUGGAUUAGAAACUGGAGUUGUAUCGGACAGUCAAUUAAGUGCGUCGAGUAGUUAUGAUGAAAACCACCAACCAGCAAAUGCGAGACUCAAUGAUGCAUCAGGAUGGAUGGCCAACGACACUGAAAGCGGACACUGGAUUCAAGUGUCGUUCAGAAAACGUAUGAAGAUCACUGGAAUCCUUACACAGGGCGGCGGUGAUGCGUAUGGCUGGAUUGAGAAGUUUAUGAUUCGCUAUAGCCUUAACGGAAAGAAUUGGUGGAAUGUUAAGUUAUAUAAGUCAAGAAACGGUGAAUUUGGAAAUCUUCAAGAUCAGAACUUUACAGCUAAUGGAGAACCUGAUUGUCUGGCGAAGACUUUUUUCGAGCCCCCAAUUUGGGCGAAUUAUAUUCGACUUUACCCUCUUCAGUGGUUCAAGCACAUCGCCUUGCGGUUAGAGCUCAUUGGUUGUAUCGACGAUGCUUGUAACAGCCCCCUUGGACUAAUAAAUGGACAUAUAAAAGAUAGUCAAAUACUAGCGUCGAGUACACUUAAUACGGAAAACAACGGGCCAGCUGCUCGACUGAAGCCAUAUGGCCGGUCAGGCAAUGGAUGGAUACCAGCACUGAAUGACCGUCAGUGGAUUAGGGUCGAGUUACACGAAAAGUAUACUGUCACAGCAAUAGCAACGCAGGGAUGUGAGAAAACCUACCAAUGGGUGACUAGUUACCAACUUAGUUGUAGGGCAAACGGAGGAUGGAUUCCAUAUCGAGAAACUAACGGAGCACUGAAGGAAUUUCAGGCAAACACGGAUCCAAGACACAUUAAAGUGAAUGUAUUGAUCCCGAAUAUUCAAGGACAUCAAGUGAAAAUCAUACCGACUACAUGGACUGGCGGUGUCUGUCUGAAGCUAGAACUCAUUGGAUGCCCUUAUUCUUUAUGCAAUAGACGACUUGGGAUUGAAUCUGGUGAAGUUGCAGAUGCGCAAAUGACAGCGUCGUCAAACUAUUAUUACUUGCCACCUUCUCAUGCCCGUUUGCAUUAUGAAACGUGGACAGGUAGCCAAAGUAAUCGCUUUCGAUCGUGUUGGGAGCCUCGCUACCAAGAACCCAACCAGUGGCUACAGGUUGAUUUGCUUGAGUUGCAUACCAUUACUGGCGUAGUAACGCAAGGUAGUGGCGACGACCACGACUUGUCCUGGAUUUACAGGUAUACAGUGCAGUACCUGAGCAGAUAUAAGCCGGAUGUUUGGAAUUAUUACAGAACGCUUGAUGGUGCAAUAAAGAAAUUUCAAUCGUUUGCGGAUAACAAUACACCGUUACAGCAUUCCUUAGAGCGUCCGUUCGUAACACAAAAGAUUCGAAUUGGUCCAACGGUAUGGGAGGGCUAUGGCCCUUGUCUUCGACUUGAACUAAUAGGCUGCCGAUUACGUGAAACUGGAGAGAUAUGCGGUGGAACAAGAGUUAGAUUUAAGGGACAAUGCAUAGGAGCAGUUUCUAAAAUUUCAGACAUAAAAUGUCAGGAUAUUUUCAGAGAUGAAGACCAAUUCAUAGAAUCAAGAACGACAUCAGGAAUGUUCAGCUUCUUUGGAUAUCCACCAUUCUAUGAUGCCGGCACUUUCUGUCAUUUUCGCAUUAUUGUCAGGAGGGGCAAUCAUAUCAAGUUUACUCUGAUUUGGUCGAAUCUUCGACAAGAUGCUGAAACGUUGCAAUGUAUUGAUAAGUUGAUCGUCACCGAUCGACACCCAGCCAUGGGUGUUAUCGAGCGCGGUAUAAUAUGUGGUGUACAGAACGAUUUCAAUGCUAUAUCCCUGACCAAUCAAAUAGAUUUUAAGGUUGAAAUACAUGAACUGACACCAGAUAUGCCAAGUAGCAUUAGUUUUGUAAUUUCGUACCAGGAAAUGGAGGGUUCAGAGGACCUCGAGGAAGAGUGUACGGACAUUGCGAUUUACACAAAUUCGUCAGGAACUGUAGAAUCCCCAAACUUUCCAAGCAAACUCAAUCCAUUCAGCUUCUGUAUUUAUAAAAUUCAAGCGAGCCCAGGAAAAUUCAUAAUACUCAACUUUACUGAUUUUCUGAUACCAAAAAAUGCUUACAGCGGAUCAUGCAUUAAUUUCAUCUCCAUUUUUGAGUGUGAUGGAAGUAGUCAUCUACUGAUACGUCACUGUGGAGAUGACCCACCAUUGUUGAUAUCGAACUGUUCUUGUAUUGUGAUUUUUUAUCAUACUGGGCUAAACGUCGACAGUUACGGAUUUUCUGCCAUGUACAAUGAAGUUGAUAUCCCUGGUUGUGGUUUCUCUGGCGACUCAGUCAACCACAUAUGCAACGCACCGGCCGCUUAUAUAUCAACACCAAAUUACCCACAUGGUUACCACAACGGUGCUCGAUGUUCCUGGUUGAUAACUACGCCUCCUGGAACUUUUAUUAAUCUUACAUUUGUUACGUUUGAUGUUGAAGGAGACGCCUCAUGUUCAACUGAUUACAUCAAAGUAUUCGAUGGAGAUUCAAUUGAAAGUAAAUUACUACAUACGUUGUGCAAUGCACAUCCUCCAACUUACAAAAUUCUAAGCAGUUUCAACAAAGCUUUCCUCGUAUUUUCUUCGGAUACUAGAAUAAGUGGAGACGGAUUUUUGGUAGAAUACCAUUCGCAUUAUUUCACAGCACAUACACCUAUAUAUUUUUCAUCUAAUAUCAAUACAGAUGUAAGGUGCCCACAAAGCUGGGACAUUUUUAAUGGCAAUUGCUACCGUAUGUUCAAUGAAAAAAGACAGCUAACAUGGUUUGAAGCGGAACUGGCGUGCCGUACCAAUAAAUCAUUUUUAGUUAGCAUACAAUCAGCACAAGAAAUGGAUUAUCUCCACACAAAGAUAACAACUAACUGGACUGCUAAUUUUUCAUACACGGAAGACGGUAUCUAUAUUGGCCUGACAGACGAGAUCGCUGAAGGUCGUUUUGUUUGGACAGACGGCAGCCCUUUAUCCUAUACUGACUGGUCAAGAAAGUAUAGCUCCGAAUGGACAAACAGCCAACCAGAUGGAUUCACGUCAGAGAAUUGCGGACUUAUCAUGAUAGCGAAUAUACAUUCAACCAACCAUUGGCACGAUGUCCCAUGCGCUAGGGAACACGCCCACCGUUAUAUUUGCAAGAAAACCGGGAUAUUAAAAGGUCAGACCAACACUGAAGUACCCUUAACUUUCGAGACGGUUAAUGUUAUGGAAUACGCAUAUGAUUAUGGAAACUUUUGUGGAGAAAACCAUUUCCUUUGUGAUAACGGCGAAUGUAUUCUGAAGCCAAGUGUCUGUGAUGGAUACGCACAUUGUAUUGACAACAGUGAUGAACUGCAUUGUUGGAACCACAGUAAUGAUUCACAAAAUGUUAUAUAUUUUGACUGUGACACUAAUGACGAAAAUAUUCCGAUUAGCCGUGUUUGUGACUUUGUCACUGACUGUAUGGAUAGCUCAGACGAAUCGAGUUGUGUGCAUUCGGUCUGUAAUGAAAGUCAUUUUCAGUGUGAAAACGGUCAAUGUAUUCCAGCUGCUGCCAGGUGUAAUCUCAUUAGUGACUGCGUUGAUAAAUCGGAUGAAAUAAACUGUGAUAUCUGUAACCACAGCUUUCAAUGCUAUGAUGGAACUUGCCAGCCGAAUGAAGCAGUUUGUGAUGGGUACAAAAGCUGCACUGGUCAGUACUGGGAAGACGAGCAAAAUUGCGACUAUCAUAAACAAGGAUUUAAGUGUCCCGACAACGAGUUACAGUGCAACAAUGGUGCUUGUAUGAAUCAACGAGACGAAUGCAUUUAUGACUUAACAGUAGAUGGAUAUCAAAAAGGCUGUAAAGAUGCUACACAUCUUAGAUACUGCGAAUCAUUUCAAUGUCCGGAAAUGACGCUUAAAUGUCCUGGAUCAUACUGUAUCCCCCAACUGUUAAGAUGUAAUGGUGAAAUUGAUUGUCCUGAUGGAAGUGAUGAGUAUGCAUGUGAUUCUUUUGCAUGUCCCGGGAGCUACCGAUGCCGAGACAGUUUUUGCAUUUCUCAACAAAAUGUGUGUGAUGGUACGAGACACUGUCCCCAUGGUGAUGAUGAGCUGUACUGUGAUGUUGAUUGUCCUGAUGGCUGUAAUUGUAUUGGAUAUUCUGUAUCGUGCGUCGGAGCCGACUGGAAUCGCGACGCUGCUGUCCAGCUCCCUAUAAAAGCAAGAGCUCUGAAUUUGAGCAGUAUAAUUUCACAAUCAAGACAGCGAAGGAACGUGGUAGCUAGCAAGACACUCAGCGAUGUCCGGUAUAUUGACAAUUUCACGGUGUUAUUGAACCUGAAUUUGAGCGACGGUAUAAUUUCACAAUCAAUAAAGCGAAGAAAUGUGGUAGAUGGCAAGACCCUAAGCGAUAUCCUGUAUAUUGAUAUCAACAAGUUCACAAUGUUAUUAAACCUUGACUUAUCAAGUAUCGGUUUGGAUAUUGUCAUCCCUGGAACCUUCUCAAAUUUACACAAUCUUCGAAAACUACGCCUCGCUAACAACAACAUUAUGCAUCUAAGCAACGGUUCAUUUUUAGGUCUUUAUCAACUAACUAAAAUUGAUCUAAGUGGAAACCCAAUACAAGUCAUCAAAAGUGGUGCAUUCCGAGGUAUGCAGAGCAUUCUGUCACUCUCCCUUGAAAAUAUGCUUUUGAAAGAUUUGCCUGAUAAUGCAUUUAUGGGCUUGAACAAUUUAACAAAGCUGUCACUGAGGAACAGUAGUUUGGUGAAAAUUGCAACAGGUGCAUUCAGCAAUCUUCAGCAAACAACCUAUUUAGAUAUAUCCGAGAAUGAAGGUAUCAGUGAGUUUGGAGAAAACGUAUUCGAAGGAUUGGACAAUUUGGAAACACUAAUAUCAGAUGAUUUUUUGUUUUGUUGUCUGAUUGGCGAGAUAUCCAGAUGUGAACCAGAACCUGAUGAAUUUUCCUCCUGUGAUGAUCUUAUGCGGAAUCAGGUUUUACGGGUCUUCAUGUGGCUUCUUGGCUUUGGAGCGUUGGUUGGAAACUUCUUUGUAAUCGUUUGGCGGUGUCACCACAAAGAGCGCAACCAAGUUCAGGGUAGCUUAAUAUUGAAUCUUGCCAUCUCUGAUUUUAUGAUUGGCACGUACAUGAUAAUAAUAGCAAGUGCUGAUAUGUAUUUCCGCGAUGUAUAUGUAUUACAUGCUGAAGAUUGGAAAAAGAGCUUUAUUUGUCACUUAUCUGGAUUUAUUUCUGUUAUUUCGAGUGAAAUAUCCGUUCUUACACUGACAACAAUAAGUAUUGAUCGCUUAAUCUGCAUUAGAUUUCCAUUUAGUAAGUUCCACAUUGGACCAUGCUCUGUAAAAUUUAUCAUCGUUUUCCAAUGGCUAUUCUUGAUAACAUUAGCCGGGGUGCCAUUUGUCUCUGAGAAGUUAGCAGCCGACUUUUACGGACGCUCAAGCGUCUGCUUAGCAAUACCGCUGACAAGCGAUAGACCAAACGGCUGGAUUUAUUCUGUGUUUAUCUUUGUUGUGCUGAACUUAAUUUGUUUCUUUGUCAUCCUGUUCUGCUACGCAUCAAUAUACUUCAAAUUCAAAGAGUCCGCAAAAACGGUGGCAUCAAACACGGCAAAGCCUCCAUCCGCUGAAAAGAAGCUGGCGAUCAAGAUGGCGUUCAUUAUAUCUACUGACUUCUUCUGCUGGGUUCCAAUCAUUACAAUGAGUAUACUCUCUCUCUCUGGUACAGUGAUGAUCCCCGGUGUAAUGUACGCGUGGACUGCCGUGUUUGUUCUGCCUCUGAACUCUUCGUUAAACCCAUACAUAUAUACUUUAUCGACCAUCAAGUUCAAAAAGAGAAAAACCUCUACUUCCUGCUCUGAAAUGUCACGAUAUACUUUAAAACAAAUGGAUUCAGACAGUUGUAUGCGGUCAACAACAUUAAAUCCAGAUAUUCAAGAUCGUUUCACAAAAAUGCUGCUUCGUGAGAUCGAACGAUACCAUGUGGUACCAAUGAUAAGUACCAUCUCAAAGCGACCGUUUCUUCUAUCGCAAUACAUGCAAAGUUCCAAUAAGGUUUUAUGUGAGGAAGACAUCAAUGCAUUUGAAGAGGAUCUUAACACAGCUCUUUCCUUUGUGCACCGGAAUGGUCUUGUGCAUGGCUCAGUCAAUGAACAUUCAAUUUUAGUGCAAGCAGGCUCACCUCGCCGAGCUUACUUGAUACUCACCAAAGAAAAGACUCAAGAACAGGGAAGUGUUGACAGUGGGUCAACAAAGAUCGAUGAGGAACAACUAGCAGAGCUUCUAAAAAGAUUGCGGGAACCAACCGACGCAGUCUAGACUGGUAGUAUUGGAUGUUAUAUCAACCCAGUAAUCUUUAAUAGAGCAUACAAAAAUUGACAUUGGUUCCUUCAGAGGCAGUUCUCUGGUUAUUGGAUUCAAAGGAAUCGUAUCAACAAUGUCCAACCUUCUUUUCUCCCAAGUUAUCUAGUCAUAUCUCAUAAAUGUACUCUUCCACUAUAAUACUGAUAGGUUACCAAUCCAAAUAUGACAGAAAAUACUGUGCCAUACGUUACUGCAGCAGCACAAAAGGUAUAUACUGUACAUUGAAGAGAGUCCUUUCCAUCGCAAAAUUGUUCUGCGAUGGAAGUGCGCAGAAUGUAAUUGAUAGGAAAAACGACAUGUACCCAUUGCAACUUGGUUGGGCGAAAAAAAAAAGCAUUUACACUCUGUCUACACAGAACGAAUAUUAAAAAAUCGUCAAGAUCAAAAAAAUAUAUAUACGCAAGUUUGUGUGAUGUCGAUUUGUUAAGUGAAGUAUUAGCUGCCAAAAUUCGAUUAGAAUUUGGCUAAAUUUUGGUCGAUAUUGUAAACAAAUUUUGGCUGUAAGGUGGCGUGUCUCGAAACUGGUCUUUACCAAUGCACAAAGCUUUCUACACUAAAUCAAAAUUAGAUUCAUAAUUUUCAUUUUUGUCUGUUUAAAAAAAAAUGUGUGUUCUAUCAUAUACAAGACAGUUUUUACUCUUGUAUCAAUGACCGUGUAUGGUAGAUCUGAAACUUACCAAUUUACAAUAUUUAGAAGCAGCAUAGUGGAUAUCUCAUUUGGAGGCCAGAAUACAGUUUAGAGUAGUACUGUAUAUAUUUUACACGGCUAUAGAACGCCAGCGUUACUCAUUCAACAUUGGUGGCCAAGACCUACUGUAGCUGAAUUUGAAUAGUCAACUCCAUUUUGCAGCUUGAUUUUUAUAGUGUGGUAUAAAUUGCAGAGGUGUUUUGCAAUGCACUGUUUAGUACGUUCAAUUUCAUCCAUCCUACAUCUUAUUAUCUUAGACUAAUUUUCAGUUUACACAGAUUGUAUGAAUAUAUAGAUUAUUCUAAAGCCUAAAAUAUCUCAGAUUCUCAAUCGAAUCCACUACUGUAUAUAGAAAAUUUAGUGAAAAAGGGGCAUGCCUUUUGAGCACAAAUACUGUGUUAAGUAAACAAAUGACAGUAACUUUCAAAAAAUUAAUAUAUGCUCUAUUGUUUAAAUACUUGUUAUUGGUGCUUGUAUGGUGCUUUUCCUUGAGGUUAAGAAGAGCUUUUUAUCGCUCUGUUUAAGUAUUGCUGCCGUAUCAGCACAGUAGCAGGCAACCCCACCAGGCACCCAUUUUAUACUCCUGGGGUUGGGGAGUAUCAUUGCAUAAAGUGCUUUGUACAAAUACACAAGUAAAUUACUUAAUUAUUACUGAAAUGUAAAGUGCAACUUUCAUCCACACAGUACAAACAAAUGGAUUGUACAUUUUAAAAUUAAUUUUUUAAAUAAAAUAUUUAAUCAUCAUAAUACAAGCAAUAUUUGGGCUAAUAUUUUAUAUUAAAUUAAAAAAAAGGAAUCUUACCAUAUUCAUAUAGA